AUGGACUCCCCACCCCAGGACAGCUUGUCCGAGGGCAAGCCUGUGGCCGACCACAUUGAGGCAUCUCCCCAGAAGACGGAGAAAAUUGACACUACACGCACCGAUGAGGCGAUGAAAGUUCUUGCUCAUUACACUGGUGAGCAGUCCUGGGAGCCUUCGGAAGAGAAGCGAUUAGUCCGGAAGAUCGACUGGAGGCUUCUACCUGUACUGUGCAUGACCUACGGUCUACAGUACUAUGAUAAGGCUAUGCUGUCUCAGGCAGCAAUAUUCGGCCUCCGCCAGGAUCUCGGCUUGAUCGUUGGCAACCGAUACUCCAUGUCUGCGGCCAUCUUCUAUCUAGGGUUCAUUGUCGGAGCGUACCCAACUAUGUUUCUCGCGCAGCGAUAUCCCAUCCACCACGUGGCUUCUGGGAUAGUCACCCUUUGGGGUAUCUGCCUUAUUUUGACGUCGGUCUGUCACAAUUAUCAAUCGUUGUAUGCUCAGCGGUUUUUCUUGGGGUUGCUGGAGAGUGGAAUUAGUCCGAUGUUUAUGAUGAUUGUGGGAGGUUGGUACAAAAAGAACGAACAGGCUUUGCGCAUGGGAAUAUGGUAUUCCUGCACCGGCUACGUUUCCAUCUUCUCCCCACUCAUCAACUACGGCCUCGGCCACAUCAAAGGCUCGCUAUCCUCAUGGAAGUACAUGUACCUCUUCGCAGGAGCUCUGACUAUCUUCUGGGGAGUGUGCCUCGAAUUCCUUCUCCCAUCCGACCCCGUCAGCGCCCGUGGCUUCAAUGAACGCGAACGAUACAUCUCGGUCGCCAGAAUGAGGACCAACAAUAGCGGAGUACGCAACACGCACUUCAAAAUGGGUCAGGUCGUGGAACUUGCUCUCGACAUCAAGUUCUGGCUGAUCUUCUUCACUGCAUUCCUGGCGAUGAUUGCCAAUGCGCCGGUUUCAACGUUUACGCCUAUUAUCAUCAACUCGUUUGGCUUUAGUACCCUUGAGUCCCUACUCCUUGUUAUCCCUGCAGGGUUCUACGGAGGCACGAUGAUGUUGAUACUGCCGUGGCUUGGGUAUAAGUACACGUCCAAGGGUAUCCGCUCGUGGCUGGUUAUUGGAGGCCAGAUUGUUACUACGGUUGCUUGUCUACUGCUACUGCUACUGCCGCUUAAUGAGACUGGUGGGCUACUUUUCGCGUGCUAUAUCCUCCCGACCAUGGGCGCUGGAUAUGCAGUGCUUAUGGGUCUUCAAAUUGGUAAUAUCGCAGGAUACACAAAACGUUCUCUGUCCUCGUCUGGCCUCUACAUUGGCUAUUGUCUCGGCAACUUUGUCGGGCCACUUUGCUUCAGAGAGCAGGAUUCCCCGCGAUAUGUUCCAGGUUUUAUUGUCACGGUUGUGACUUCUGUCAUUGCGGCCGUGCUUGUGUUCGUCUAUCGAUUUGUCUGUCUCUAUGAUAAUCGCCGGAGGGAUGCGACGGGUGUGCUUGAGGGAUUCGAGAAUGCGUAUCAGGAUGAUUUGACUGAUAAGACUAAUCCUCAAUUCCGAUAUACCGUCUAG